AUGAAUUCAGCUCGCAGCUGCUGGCGAUUCAAAACAGAAUUAUGUCACUCGUUCGUGAACAGCCAGGAGUGGACGCUGUCGCGCGCCGUGCCCGACCUGCGCCUGGGCAUCGUGGGGUCGCUGGCCUCGGGCAAGUCGGCGCUGGUGCACCGCUACCUCACGGGCUCCUACAUGCAGGAGGAGUCACCCGAAGGCGGCCGCUUCAAGAAGGAGAUCCUCGUCGACGGCCAGAGCUACCUGCUGCUCAUCCGCGAUGAGGGCGGCCCGCCGGAGCUGCAGUCUUACUGCUACAGGUUAUGA